AUGCUGCCUCGCACGCCCUGGGUGAGAGGCAUGGGCCGCUUGGACAUCCGGGACUUGCACGACUGGCUGGCCGGUGUUCACGGUCCGGCUUCCCAUCCGACAUCUUUCAAGCAGGGGGAUGUCGGGAUCCACCUCCACAUCGAGUACGAUCCGGAGAAGGAACAAGUAAUCGAUGCAAAGACGUAUGAGGUGCCGCCAGCUAAAGCAGAUGACUCUGCUCCUCCAAGCUCAGAGGUCUUGCAAACGAUUGAAGACAAGGCGAAGGAGGUCCUGGAAGAGAAUAUCUUCUGCCGACAAAAGAUCUCCGAGGUUAUCAACGCGCUGCGAAAUGCACCCAAGCUGCCCCAGGAUCUCUUCGGCCCGCAGCAAGCAGGCAUGACCUCUGUCGCGUGGCUGUCCAUCCUGCCGACCUGUCGGAGAGGCAGAACACCGCAGAAGAUGGCGACGGCCCGUGGCUUCCUUUGA